CGGCCACAGAUGAAUAACUCAGUCGUGUUUGCCAGAGGUUAACAAGUGUUCCAUAUUCAUCUUUCCGUUGAUUUUUCCCUAAUUACAUUUCGAUCAGUGCUUCUAGUAAGGCGAGACGACGGUGGACACAGGACUGAUUCCAGACUUCUGGCGUAGCUGGAUACCCUCAAGGCUAGCCAUGUAUCUAAACUGCGGAGUGUUCCAGAAGACAAAACGAGGCAAGGAACCGGAGACGUCUGAAGACGCGACACCGCAAGCCGGACACAGCACCGGUCAGCAGACAACCAACAAAGAAUGUCUGUCCAAUCAGCUCUUGCACGAGGAGGAAGAUGGCGACCGGAAGGAAUCCAUUUCUGAUUGGUCAGAUUUUGAAAACGUUUUUUCCAAGGACUUUCAGGGUCCCCAUGGUGCCGACAAGAUCAGGAGAUUCCUCAAAUCGUUGUGUGAGAUUCUGACGUCAUUCGUGUUGUCCGAGUCGGACCGGUCAACAAAGGUCGUUGACUUUCAUCACCCACACCAGCUGAAGGACAUCAUGUCCCACUGUCUGGACGUCCACCCUGAACCACGUGACCUAGAGCAGGUACUGAGUGACUGUAAGGAGACCCUCAAGUACUGCGUCAAGACGGGCCAUGCUCAUUUCUUUAACCAGCUGUCAACAGGCAUAGACAUCGUGGGCGUGGCAGGGGCGUGGUCAGCAGCCGCUGCCAACACAAACCUGUUCACCUACGAGGCAGCACCUGUGUUUACCUUGAUGGAGGAAGUGAUUUUAACGCGCAUGCGCAGUCUGGUUGGCUGGGAGGACGGGGAAGCCAUCUUUGCUCCUGGUGGCGCUAUCUCCAACCUGUAUGGUGUCCUACUGGCACGUCACCACGCCCUACCGGAAGUCAAACUUAACGGUAUCAGUCAGGGUGUCAAGGCUGUCGUGUUUACCUCAGAACACAGCCACUUCUCAAUCAAGCGAGCGGCAGCCAUGUUGGGACUCGGUACCAACAACGUCAUCUACAUCCGGUGUCUAGACAACGGUAAGAUGGACGUCAGCGACCUAAAGAGCAAGCUGGUCAACGCCGUGAUGUCCGGCUGUGUGGUUGUGAUGGUCAACGCCACAUGUGGCACCACGGUGCUGGGGGCCUUCGACCCCGUGGAUGAGAUCGCUGACGUGUGUGAGGAGUACCACGUGUGGCUGCAUGUGGACGCGGCGUGGGGAGGCGGAGCUUUGUUGUCACAUGACCACCGGUACUUGAUGGAAGGGGUCAAAAGGGCUGACUCCAUCACCUGGAACCCACACAAGAUGAUGGGCGUGCCCCUGCAGUGUUCGGCCUUCAUCACUAAACACAGGGGAAUGUUGAAAAGCUGUAACGGUAUGGGCGCCAGCUACCUCUUCCAGAAGGACAAGCACUAUGACGUCAGCUACGACACGGGGGACAUGAGUAUACAGUGUGGGAGGCACAACGACAUCUUUAAGUUGUGGCUGAUGUGGCGAGCAAAGGGCGACCAAGGCUUUGAAGAACAGAUCAACCGAAACUUUAACUUAGCCAGAUACCUCCGGGACAAGGUGAAGGACAGAGAAGGAUUUCACCUGGUCUUGGAGCAGAUCGAGGCACCAAACGUCUGCUUCUGGUACCUCCCACCUGCCUGGAGAACUCGACAGCUACAGCAGAUCAAGUCUGACCACCUACACAAGGUGGCCCCGGCCAUCAAGGCCAAGAUGAUGGAAGCCGGAAGUCUGAUGGUCCAGUACCAGCCACUCGGCCACCUGCCCAACCUGUUCCGUGUGGCCAUCUCCAACCCCAUCCUGACCCCACGGGACAUCGAUUUCCUGUUGGACGAGAUUGACCACCUGGGCAUGGAACUUCCGGUUCCAGACGACUGGUUUGACUGAAAAGUUGUACGGUAGUUUACGGUAGUUUACGGUAGUUUACGGUAGUUUACGGUAGUUUAUGGUAGUUUUAUAAAGUAGUUAACUUGAUCACAGGCAAGCAAUUUUAUAAGGUAGAUUACGUGAUCGCAGGCAAGCAAUUUUAUAUAGCAGUUUACUUGAUCGUAGGCAAACAAUUUUAUACGGUAGUUUAUUUGAUUUCAUGCAAGCAAUUCUUUUAAUGUAUUGUUUUGUAAACUUAAAACAUCAAACCUUAGGCAAGCUAUUAUCUUUAAAUGUAUCUUUGUAUGUAGUAGUUGAGCCUAAUUAAUUAAACAUAAGGAUCUGUUCAACUUGAUUUCUUGUAUGGUAUACACACUCAAUCAUCCAGUCACUAGCUCAUCUACUCACACCUAUUGUUCCAAGUAGAGACUCUACUUUUUAACUCUUAGACAAGCAGUUCUGCUUAGACUGAAUAGUAAAUAAAUAUUAUAGUUCCUAUAAAAACUCCACUAGUAAAAUGUUAGGUUUUUAUGUAAAUGUUUUUCAUAAAGUAAGUGUAAGGUAAUUCUUAAGCUCAGGGUUACUCACUGCUGACGGUUUAAUUAGUUCCAAAUUACCUAUCUCUGAGAUAAGCAGCUAAUCGUUUGAACCCACAUUUUUUCAUAACAAAAGUACAUGAGCAUCAAUCCUAACCCUAACCCUAGUCAUGAUCCCAACAUCUAGUAAAACACUGACCUCCGCGUUAAGACUUUUACCAACCCAGACAUAACCUACUCCUAACCUCAGGGGUUUUGUUACAUCAUCUUGAAUACGAUCUAAACGUUGGUAUAAGACGUGAGCAGUAAGAAACCUCUAAGGAAGUCAUUUUGUUUUUCUUUCAUUCGCCCUAUGUCUGAAUCAUCAUCUAGAUGAUGUUCUGUAUGAACAUCUUCUAGAACACACAUAUAACUGUAUGAUGUCUACUUUAAUGUGUCGUCAAUGUAUGAACAUCUAGAACACACAUAUAACUGUAUGAUAUCUACUGUAAUAUGUCGUCAAUGUAUGAACAUCUAGAUUACAGACACCUGUAUGCUGUUACAAGCAGUAUGUAUCUAGUACUCUGAUACUGAUGUGAUUUUACUAUAUAGAUAUGUAAUAUGAUUGUAUAGUUUAAAGUUUUUAAUGUGUAAAUAAAAAUAUGACUUUAAUUUAAGUAGAAGUGUAUUUUAAAAAACGGAUUUAAUUUUCUACUUUAUAAAAUGUUUAAUUGUUAAGUCCGGUGAUUUUUUUUUAAUGUAGUUUAUUUUGUAUAUAGGGUAAGAUAUGGCCGAGCGGUUUAGCGCACGAUUCAGACCCCAGAAGACUGUAGUUUGCUUCAAGGGUAGGACGUCCCAGAGUCCACCCAGCUUUUAUUCGUACCGAGCUCGAGUUCGGGAAAGUAAAGGUAGCGGGUCAUAAGAUGGCGUACCUAACCCUUCAUAUGCCGAGACCAAAGA